UCUUGGUCACAUUUACAGUGAAAUACAAAAGGUAAACAAUCUGAAUAACAAUACUGAAUGUUUAAUUUCUAUAAAACAUUUGCACCAACACAAUAAACACGACAUCGAUGUCAGAGGCUUAGCUUAGGUCGUCUGGGCGCAGAACCCCUUUAAGAAAUCCGUCACGCUGUAUUGGAGACACAUCUAAGGGGCAGAGACUUUUGUAAAUGAAACCGCACGCUUGACAAAAAGUGAAAGUUUCCCAAACAGAGAAAUGUUGAAAAUUGUGUUGAUCAGUGGCAAGCGGAAAUGUGGAAAGGAUUACUUAUCCGAGAGAUUGCAAAAGCGAUUGGAUGGCCGAUCCCGUAUCGUUCGAAUCUCAGAACCCAUUAAGUCCGAGUGGGCCCGGAAGCAUAACCUGAACCUCAGUGAAUUACUUACCGAUGGACCUUAUAAGGAAAAGUUCCGCCGUGACAUGAUAGAAUGGAGUGAUGAGGUGCGCGCCAAGGAUUACGGCUAUUUCUGCAGACUGGCCAUGAAAGAUGCAAUCGACCACCAGGCGAUACCCUAUGUGUUGGUCAGCGAUGUGAGACGCAAAAACGAUAUCAAGUGGUUUUGCGAAACAUUCAGCAAAGACAAGGUUCUGACGAUCCGCCUCACUUCCCGCCCAGAAACACGUUCUGCGCGUGGUUGGACAUUUUCUGCGGGCAUUGACGAUGUGUCCUCAGAGUGUGAUCUGGAUGAUUUCGACGGGUUUGACUUUAUCAUUCCAAACGACGAUGAACUUGAUGAGGAAGCAAUUGACCACUUGCUAGACAAACUACAACUCAAGUAUAAAUAGUAUUUACACUCAUUAAAGUAUAAGGCUAUUUAUUUACACAGAAUAUAGUGAACCUUUGUGCUCUUAUAGUAUAAAUAACAAAGAUAUCGGCAACUGAAUAAUUAAAAUAUUUAUACCAAUUCA